GAUUUUUCUUUGGUGCCAUGUUCAACUCUCCUUGAUGUAUAUUUACUACCGUUUUGCAGUAGCUUGGUGAGUAAAGUAGCUUCUACAUGACUUUGAAAAGAUGGAGAGUUUGAGACAUGCGUCCGCUAGCUCGUGAACAAGAACCGGAAAAAUAAAAAAAUAAAAAAUUGGGGAAGCAGCAAACAUAAAAACAAUUAAAGUGAAUAAACAUUUUAACAUUCAGAAAUAUAGAUCUGUUUGAGUCUGGUGGUGAAUACGUGAGGUGAGGUUCAUACAGGCUGCAUGAAAACAUUCAUGUUUGUUUAGUUGAAUCUUCGACAGGGUCAACAGUACAUGGUGCAAACAGAAGAUUGCAAAACGGUAAGCUUGUGUGUGCAUAAGUGCUGCUAUAAGUGCAGCUGCUCUCAGGUGUCCUGUUGUUCCUGCAGACCUUCAGCAUGAUGAUCACUCUGCUUUGGCUGAGCCUGCUGCCUCUCUGCAGCUUUGCCGCCAUCGAUGCAUGUAACCAGGAGCUUCUAGAGGAAGUGGACUUCCCAGGAUCAGAUAUCAUGGGACUUCAGUCGCCUGAUGUGGAGCACUGCCAGCUGCUGUGCACACAGCACCCCUCAUGCCUCUUCUUCACUUUCCUUGGGUCCAUCUGGAAAUCAGAGCACAGAGCCUUCAGGUGCUACCUAAAAUCCACCCCCUCUGGAAAACCAACUUCUCAGACUUCAUUGGUUGGUGUCACCUCUGGUUUUUCUCUGAAGUCUUUCUCCUGCAAGCCUAACCCUGAACCUUGUCUGUCUCAGGUGUACCAGAACGUGGACUUUCACGGAGAAGACUACAGGUUCUUGUUCACAAACGACUAUGGAGAGUGUCAGAGAGUCUGCACUCAAGACCCUGCCUGCCAGUUCUUCACCUUUCUGGAUGGAGAUUUCAUAACACAGGAAAUCAGGUAUCGAUGCCACCUUAAGUACAGCUGGAAUAUCCCCAGGGUUCCGGUUAUAGAGAGAAAGGCUGGUGUUACAUCUGGAUUUUCACAAAACUUGUUGCUAAAUCAACAUUUUAAAGAAGCCUGUCAGAAUACAUUUUUUGCAAACACAGACAUCCCAGGAAAUGACCUGGAGAGGGUGAAGGCAGUUUCAGUGGAGCACUGUCAGGUGAUGUGCUCGGCUCACCCUCAGUGCACAUACUUCUCCUUCCACGGGGAUGAAUUUGACUGCUAUUUGAAGAACAACCAGAACAGUUUGGUGGCUGAAGCUAAAGAGGGGUUCACUUCAGGGCUGCCAGCGCGAGCCUGCCAGCUUGACAACGGCUGGCUGUCGAAACCCUAUGGAGAGAUUGAUUUUCAGGGUUCUGACAUUGACUUUGAGGUGAUGGAUGAUGCCCAGCAGUGUCAGACGACGUGCACCGCAUCUCCCCACUGUCAGUUCUACACCUACGUCCAUAAUAACUUCGACCAUCCCACAUACAGGCGCCGCUGCUAUUUAAAGCGUGUGAUCACUCUGCCAGCUCCGCCCAAAGUCGUCAAACUAACAGAAGCAAUUUCCGGUUUUUCCACGAGGAACUGUCGGACGACAGUCUGAAGAAGACUGAGGAGAUUUCUACACUUCUGCUAAACAUAUACAUUGUAACCGAUAGAACAACACAACCAUUUACUGGCAUUCAUCUGUUUGUUUCAAAAUAAACAGUACUUCCUGGA